AUGCCUGUAUUCCAAGAAACUUCCAGCUCGGCGAGAGAUCUUAGGAUCUUGCCAUCACGCGCUCUUCCACUACCUCGACUUUCUGAAAAGCCAGAUUGUACGAAUACCGUCGACGAACAGCGUGAAGUUGUUGUCAUAGGCGCUGGGCCGAGUGGGCUCUUUCUUACUCUACUUUUAGCAAGGUAUGGCCUUGGGGAUUCUUCACUUCUGUGCUUGGACGCAAAGCCUGGCACAUUAAAGGCGGGCCAAGCAGAUGGACUGCAACCACGAACCCUUGAGGUCUUUCAAAGUUUGGGAAUAGCUAGUGAACUUAUUGGUGAGGGAUGUCACAUGGAAGAAGUCGCUUUCUGGAAUCCUGCGAGCAGCGGUAAAGGUAUCGAGAGAACAAGCUUCACACCAGAUGUCAACGUCCCAGCUCGCUUUCCAUUCGAGGUCACAAUCCACCAAGGUCGGAUUGAACGGAUUCUAGAAGAAAAUCUUCGUCUUUAUUCAGGCAACGAAACGAUAAGGAGGUCACACCGGUUUUCGGAGUACACAGUCGACGAGACCAAUGCCGAGUUCCCUAUCGUGGUCAAGUACGAGCAUGACCUACCCGAUGGAUCAACACAACACAAAACUGUUCGAACAAAGUACCUGAUCGGUGCAGACGGCGCACGUUCAAAAGUGCGCAAAUGCAUGGGUCUCGAACUCGAAGGCGAAACGACUGAUCACAUCUGGGGUGUGUGCGAUUUCGUCGCCGACACAAACUUUCCCGACAUUCGUAAUCGCUCUGCUGUUCACUCAGAUGCAGGCUCCGUCAUGAUCAUCCCGCGAGAACAGAUCGCGACAGGCGAAUAUCUUACUCGGUUAUACGUUCAAGUACCUGGUGAAGUGGAAACGACUCAGGAUGCAGGUAUGGACAAGAAGUCUGCUGAUAAGAAGAGGCGAGGUGCUGUUACUCUUGAUUACAUCUUUGAGCAAGCGAGAGCUGUCUUUGCUCCUUAUGAGAUCAAGAUCAAGGAGGGGACAGAACCCGAUUGGUGGGCUGCGUACCAAAUCGGGCAACGCAUGGCACCUAAUUUCUCGGACAAGACCUUUGAUGGUCUUGAAAGAGUAUUUAUCGUUGGAGAUGCCUGCCACACACAUAGUCCCAAGGCCGGUCAAGGGAUGAAUGUGUCGAUGAUGGAUUCAUUCAACCUAGCUUGGAAGCUCGUCCACAGCCUCCAUGGACUUACCCCUGCAUGCCCACCAGGCUCAGCAGAUCCUAUACUCGAAACAUUUUCACCAGAACGUAUGGAUGUAGCUCGACAGCUCAUCGAGUUUGACACAAAAUUCUCGCACAUGUUCUCCGGUCGCAUUGGUUCAGCAGAUGCCGAGACAUCUGGGUUGACCCAUGAAGAGUUCCUUCGCGUAUUUAGCGAAGGCAGCGGAUUUACGAGUGGCUGUGGACUUCAAUACAAGCCCGGAAGACUUGUUCAGACUCUGGAUGAAGAGUCACAGAACGGUUUGUUCCGAGGAGACCCUCUAUCUGGUGCCUUGACUCCGGGUCGACGACUUCUCGAUGUCGAGGUGAAGCGUUAUGCAGACGCAACACAUAGACAUCUGCAAGACGAAAUGCCACCCACUGGUCGCUACUAUCUACUUGUCUUUGCUAGCAAAGACUUACUCGAUAAAUCCGGUGCAUCGCAAUUGGCUUUACAAUCAUCGGUCGAAAUCAUCAGCAAGUUCCCUCAAGGAACCAUCAACCUUGUUGUCAUUCACCCAUUGACCACACGCUUCGAGUGGACCGAUAUCCCUGCAGGAGUCAAGAAGCUUGCUGAGAUGCGAGUGUACGGAUUGGCUAGAAAGGAGGAUGCGUAUGAGACGCUUGGGGUGUCCAAGGAUGAUGGAGUCAUUGCUGUUGUCAGACCUGAUGGAUUCUCGGAUACUUCCCAGUACCACUGCUGUUUUGGCACAGACAUCUCGCUUUCCGAACCCAUUGCGGAACGACUCGCCGCUUCGGGUUUCAGUGUUCUAAGCUAUGAUCAUCCAGGCCAUGGACGCAGUAGUGCACUGGAAGACGUCAACAAUGUGAGCUUUGACGAGAUGAUCGAUGGUAUUGACGAAUUACUGCGCGUUAUGAGAAUCGAUUCCAUCCAUGCCUGGAUCGGCUUAUCACUCGGCGCAGCCAGUGGGGUCUACAUGGCGCGUCGGCACCCAGGGCUCAUCCAGAACUUGGUAUACUGCGGUUGUCCACCUGCGUCUCUUAGUGCACUUGGGAUUAUGUCACUGGAGCAAAUUGACAAAAUGCGUAAUGAUGUUGAGAAAGAUGGAUCUACAACUAAUGCCAUCCGACGCAUGCACUACGGUUGGGCGAGUAAAGAAUGGCUUGAUGCAAACCCGGAACAGGAUGAGAGGCUUAAGCUUGCCAGUUCUCCAUUGAGUAUGGACGCAUGGCGAGCAAUGAUGACGCUACAGAAGAACGACGACUUUGAUAUGCGACCCAUGGUUCCUGACUUGAUGGAGAAUGAUAUGAAGAUUAUGCUUGUCAAGGGAGAGAACGAUGUGAGGAUUAAUCCGUUUGUUGACAUGAUGACUGAGAUUGUUAGCAACGUUGCGAAGGAAAAGGGUAUGGAGGAGAAUGUCAAGGUUGUUACUGUGCCCGAUUCGGGACAUGUUAUGUAUCUGCAGAAUGAGGAUUAUUUCUGCAACUCCAUUGUCAAUUUUAUCUAG